UCGUCUCUCAGUUGCUCAUCCGCAUUCGAAGCGUGCGUUUCGCAUUGCAGUUGUGAUUUUAUUAAAUAGAGAGUGAGAGUGAGAGUGAGAGAGAGUGAAAUGAAAGUGUUUUCAUUAUGCCUGUACUUGGUGUACGCACUGUGGGCAUCGCAUGACGCUGUUGCUGCCUUGUCGACGGAUUGCGAGCUGCGUGAAACGAAACAUGGCAGCGUUUGUGUCUGUAACAGCAGCCACUGUGAUUACCUCGAGCAACCUGCACUAAAUGACAGCAAUCAAUUGGUGGUGAUCAGCUCCAGCAAGAAUGGACUGCGUUACAAGCGUACCGAUGGCAGUUUUUUUGCAGCGAAGCAUAUUGAAGUACAGGAUCGUCAAUUCAUCGAUGAGAACUUUGUGGCCGAUGCGAUUGUCGUCGAAGAUAAUCGCGCUUGGUUGCAGUUUUCGAAAAUCCCGCAACAGUUCGUUUUAAAUGCACGUAUUAAGACUGUGCAGCUAACGGUAAAACGUGAGCAGCGUUAUCAGAAGAUCACCAAUUUUGGAGGCGCUUUCACAGGCAGCGUCUCCCACAUUCUGCAGCAGCUGCCAACAGAGCUGCAAGAUCACGUCUACAGAUCAUAUUUCCAUGAGGAGGGCAUUGCCUACAAUUCGAUACGCAUGUCAAUUGGUGGCUCUGACUUUGACCUUCAACCUUGGGCCUACAACGAGCAGCCGCGCAAUGAUCCCGAUUUGAGCAAUUUUACAACACUGGACCCCAGGGAUCUGCAGAAAAUCGAGCAACUGGAGCGUCUGAAGAGUGUCGCUGAGUUGAAGGAGCUACAAAUUAUGGCAGCCGCUUGGAGUGCGCCCACUUGGAUGAAGAGCAACGAACGCUGGACGGGAUUUGGCCAACUGAAGCCAGAAUACUAUCAAGCUUGGGCGCAAUAUCACUUGAGAUUCCUCGAGCUAAUGCAGUCUAAAAAUAUGCCCGUCUGGGCCAUAUCCACUGGCAAUGAGCCGUUAAACGGCGUCAUUGGUUUCUUUUUCGUGCAUUUCAUGAGCAUGGGCUGGACGCCGUGGCAGCAGGCCAUUUGGUUGAGCGAUCAUCUGGGACCCACUAUUAGAAACUCCUCGCAGCGACAUGUGCUCAUCUUUGGCAACGACGAUCAGCGCUACACUUAUCCCUCCUGGUUCCGUAAGAUGCGCGCCUCACGUAGCAAUGCUCUGGAUUAUCUAGAUGGCCUCGCUGUGCAUUGGUAUUGGGAUGAGAUCUUUGGUCCCCAGCUCAUUGAUGAGGCGCAUGCGGAAAUGCCAAAUAAAUUGAUGCUGAACACAGAGUCUUGCAUCGGCGACAAACCUUGGCAGACCCAUGGCCCCGAGCUGGGCAGCUGGGGGCGUGGCGAGAGCUAUAUGCGCGCCUAUAUGCAGGAUCUUCAGCACAACAUCAAUGGCUGGCUGGACUGGAAUCUAGUGCUCGACGAAAAAGGCGGACCCAACUAUAUACACAACUAUGUGGACUCACCGGUGAUUGUGAAUACAACGAAUCGCGCGGAGUUCUAUAAGCAACCCAUUUACUAUGCCAUCGGACACUUUAGCAAAUUUGUGCCAGCGCAAUCGGUGCGCAUUGAGACGCAGACCAAUGAGACCGAUGCGUUUCCGCAGCUGAAUGUUGUGGGCUUUCAGCGACCGGAUAACAGCAUCGCCUUGAUCCUGUACAACGGGGAGAACUUGCCCGUGGAUGUGGCUCUGGAUGACAGCCAACGUGGCAAAUUUAAAUUGCGUUUGCCAGCGCGAUCCUGGCACACAGUUAUCUAUAAAUGAAGAAAGUAGAGAAUAGCUAUUUUAAGCAUACUUAUGAAUAGUAUAAACGGGAGACUUAGAGUUCUAAUAGAAAGCCGACACUCAAGAUGUG